AUGCGCUCUCUCACGCGCUCUCUUGCGAGCUCUAUCGCGCGCUCUUUCACGUGCUCUGUCACGCGCUCUCUGGCGCGCUCUCUCACGCAUCUCACGCGCUCUCACGCGCUCUCUCUCGCACUCUCUCACGCGCUCCCUCACACGCUCUCUCACGCGCUCUCGCACGCGCUCUUUCACGCGCUCUCUCAUGCGCUCUCUCACGCGCUCUCUCACGCGCUCUCUCACGCGCUCCCUCACGCGCUCUCUCACGCGCUCUCUCUUGCGCUCUCUCUCGCACUCUCUCACGCGCUCCAUCAGACGCUCUCUCACGCGCUCUCGCACGCGCUCUCCCACGCGCUCUCUUACGCGCUCUCUCACGCGCUCUCUCACGCGCUCCCUCACGCGCUCUCUCACGCGCUCUCUCUCGCUCUCUCUCUCGCACUCUCUCACGCGCUCUCUCACGCGCUCUCUCACUCUCUCUCUCACUCGCUCUCUCAUGUGCUCUCUCACGCGCUCUCUCACACGCUCUCUCUCACGCGCUCUCCCACGCGCACACUCACGCCCUCACUCACGCGCACACUCAUGCGCUCUCUCACACUCUCUCUCACGCUCUCUCACGCGCUCUCUCACGCGCUCCCACACGCGUUCUCUAUCGCGCUCUGUCACGCGCUCUCUCACGCGCUCGCUCAAGCGUUCCCUCACGCGCUCCCUCACGCGCUCUCUCAUGCGCUCUCUCACACGCUCUCUCACGCGCUCUCUCACACGCUCUCUCACGCGCACACUCACGCCCUCACUCACGCCCUCACUCACGCUCUCUCUCAUACACUCUCUCACACGCUCUCUCACGUGCUCUCCCACACGCUCUGCCACGCGCUCUCUUACGCGCUCUCACGGGCUCUCUCAUGCGCUCUCUCACGUCUGCCUCACGGGCUCACUAGCACGCACCCUUAUUCGCUCUCUCACGCGCACUCUCACGCGCUCUCUCACGCGCUCUCUCACACGCUCUCUCACACGCUCCCUCGCGCGCACAAUCACGCGCUCUCGCACGCACUCUCUCAUGCACUCUCUCACGCGCUCCCUCACGCGCUCUCUCAUGUGCUCUCUCGAACGCUCUCUCACGCGCUCUCUCGCGCGCUCUCUCACGCUCCCUCACGCACUCCCUCACGCGCUCUCUCUCUCGCGCUCUCUCACGCGCUCUCUCACAUGCUCUCUCACGCGCUCCCUCACGCGCUCUCUCACGCGCUCUCUCACGUACUCUCUCACGCGCUCUCUCACGCGCUCUCUCAUGCGUUCCCUCACGCGCUCCCUCACGCGCUCUCUCAUGCGCUCUCUCAUGCGCUCCCUCACGCGCUCUCUCAUGCGCUCUCUCACGCGCUCUCUCACGCGCUCUCUCACAUGCUCUCUCACGCGCACACUCACGCCCUCACUCACGCGCUCUCUCAUACGCUCUCUCAUACGCUCUCUCUCACGCUCUCUCACGUGCUCUCCCACACGCUCUGCCACGCGCUCUCUUACGCGCUCUCACGGGCUCACUCAUGCGCUCUCUCACGUGUGCCUCACGCGCUCACUAACGCGCCGCGCUCUCUCACGCGCACUCUCACGCGCUCUCUCACGCGCUCUCUCACACGCUCUCUCACGCGCAUCUCACGCGCACUCUCACGUGCACAAUAA